AUGUCGGCCGCUGCUUUCUUCAGGUCGGCACCCUGCCAGCGGACCGGGGGCGAGCCCUCCUGCAGCUAUGCUCCCUCUCCUCAGCGAGCCUCGCAUCGCCGCUCCGCUGCACGUCCCCGCCCUGCCCUGCGCGCACGGGCUUCCGCGGGCGGCCUGUCUUACAAGGACGCCGGGGUGGACAUCGAUGCUGGGAACGAGCUAGUCCGCCGCAUCCAGAAGCUCAACCCCAACAUCGGGGGCUUCAGCGGCAUGGUGCCCUUCGGUGACUCCUUCCUCGUGGCGGGAACCGACGGGGUGGGGACCAAGCUCAAGCUGGCCUUUGACGUGGGCAAGCAUGACACUGUGGGCAUUGACCUGGUUGCCAUGAGCGUGAACGACAUCAUCACCUCGGGUGCCAAGCCCAUGUUCUUCCUGGACUACUUUGCGACGGGGAAGCUGGAUGUGGACACCGCUGAGCAGGUCAUCAAGGGCAUCGUGGAGGGAUGCCGGCAGUCUGACUGCACCCUGAUGGGGGGCGAGACGGCGGAGAUGCCGGGCUUCUACAGCCCCGGCGAGUACGACCUCGCCGGCUUCGCGGUGGGCUCCGUGCUGCAGUCGCGGGUGAUCGACGGCAAGCGCAUCGCCGCCGGCGACGCCGUGCUGGCCUUGCCCUCCUCCGGCGUCCACUCCAACGGCUUCAGCCUGGUGCGAAAGGUGCUGGAGGUCAGCGGCACCGGCCUGGGCGACGCCGCGCCCUGGUCCGACGACAGCGUGGGGCGCUCGCUGCUCACCCCCACCACCAUCUACGUCCGCGACGUGCUCAGGCUGACGGAGGCCGUCGACGUCAAGGGCCUGGUACACAUGACAGGGGGCGGGUUCCCGGAAAACAUCCCACGGGUGGUGCCCAAGGGCCUGGCCACCCGGGUCAGCCGCGGCUCCUGGGAGGUGCCCGCGCUCUUCCAGUGGCUGCAGGAGGCCGGCAAGGUGGCGGACGAGGAGAUGUUCCGGACCUUCAACAUGGGCGUGGGCAUGGUCAUCGUGGUGGCGCCCAAGGAUGUGGACGCCGUGCUCCAGACCCUGCCCCAGGCCUGGGUGAUGGGGAAGAUCGUGGAGGGGUCGGGCGUCGAGUUCACCGACUAG